UGGGUGGGAGUGGUAGAGUAGCGUGAGGUGGGAGAGGUAUCUGUGGUGCCAGCGAAGAAGUCGAAGGAUCAAAGCUUUCUCUGAGUCAAAGCUGGCAGUUCUUUUAGGGUUUGUUUUUUCUCUUCCCACCCUAUUUACCUUUCGACAUUUAGGCUUAAAACCAUUACCUCUCACUCUUUCUCUCUCUCUCUCUCUCUCUGCUUCUUCUCCGUCUCUCUUUCCCUCUCUACUUCCUGUUGUCCCUCUAAUGUGAGAGAAAUGAGGAGGCUUUGAGGGAACUGUAGUGGUUGAUGCAUCUGCAACCAUGUCGACUUCUCCAUCUUUGGCUGGUGUGGAGAAGAAGCAUUGGUGGCUUCGCAAUAGAAAGAUCGUAGACAAAUAUGUAAAAGACGCUCGAGUACUCAUCGCAACCCAGGAGCAGUCGGAGAUCGCCUCGGCCCUCAACCUCCUCGAUGCCGCUCUUUCCCUCUCUCCGCGGCUUGAGUCGGCUCUGGAGCUCAAAGCUCGAUCCCUCCUGUACCUCCGGCGCUUCAAGGAGGUCGCUGACAUGCUCCAAGAGUACAUUCCGAGUUACAAGAUGGUUUACGAGGAAUCGUCCCUCUCCUCCGAUAACUCUUCUCAGCAGCUCUCAAGGGAGCGAGUUAAGCUCCUCUCGUCUGAUAACUCAACAGACUUUGCAGAUCAUAAACCUUCAUUCAAAUGCUUCUCUGUGUCCGACUUGAAGAAGAAAGUCAUGGCCGGCCUCUACAAAAACUGUGAAAAGGAAGGCCAGUGGAGGUACUUGGUUUUGGGUCAAGCUUGCUGCCAUCUUGGGUUAAUGGAAGACGCUAUGGUGCUCCUUCAGACCGGAAAACGCCUAGCCUCUGCGGCAUUCCGGCGGGAAAGCGUGUGCUGGUCUGAUGAUAGUUUCACCUUCUCCAACGUAGCAAGUUGCAGUGACUUGAACACCACCAAUGCUCCAACCACAACUCCACCAACGGAAUCCGAGAGUGUGACGCAACUUCUCAGCCAUAUCAAGCUCCUCCUCCGGCGCCGCACGGCCGCUCUUGCUGCCCUUGACGCCGGCCUAUACUCGGAGGCCAUUCGCCAUUUCUCCAAGAUCCUUGAUGGACGCCGGGGCACCCCACAGGGAUUUCUUGCUGAAUGCUAUAUGCACCGAGCGGCAGCUUAUCGAGCUGCCGGUCGAAUUGCUGAGGCCAUUGCAGAUUGCAACCGCACCUUGGCACUUGACCCAACUUGCAUUCCUGCCCUCAGCACACGGGCCUUGCUCCUGGAGGCCAUCCGUUGCCUUCCCGACUGUCUCCGUGACCUGGAACACUUGAAGAUUCUCUAUGAUUCAAUCCUCCGAGACCGAAAGCUACCGGGUCCUGCCUGGAAGAGGCAAAAUGUUCGGUACCGUGAUGUGCUGAGCAAUCUCCGCCAACUCACAGCCAAGAUCCAGGAGUUAAGACAGAGGGUUGCAUCAGGAGAGACGGGCAACGUGGAUUACUAUGCAUUGAUUGGGUUGCGGAGGGGGUGCUCGCGAUCUGAGUUGGAAAGGGCACAUUUGUUGCUAACCUUGCGUCACAGGCCUGAUAAGGCGAUGAAUUUUGUGGAUCGGUGUGAAUUUGUAGACGAUCGUGAUCUUGAAUCUGUUAAGGAUCAAGCGAGGAUGUCGGCGUUGCUGCUAUAUCGGCUGCUGCAGAAGGGUUAUUCCAGUGUGAUGACUACAAUCAUGGACGAGGAGGCAGCGGAGAAGCAGAGGCAGAAGGCUGCAGCUGCACUACAAGCCGCAGCAGCAGCAGCUGCAGCACUUCAAAUUCCAGCUGCAGAACCAAAACCGGAAGAGGAAUCGAGUAAGUCGACGGCACAGAUGCAAGAUAGGAAACAGCAACAGCUAGCUUCAUCGUUAGAUUACAGUAGUGACAGCAGUGUGGAACCAAUGCCGGAUAAGAAGGCCGCGACGGCAGCCGCGGCAGCAUCCGUUUUCCAAGGGGUUUUCUGUCGGGACAUGGCCGUAGUUGGGCAUUUGCUGUCGCAGGCCGGGUUUAACCGCUCAAUUCCGGUAAAAUACGAGGCAUUGAGCUGCUGAUAAUGAACAAAUAAGCUUUGGGACCUCAGUCGACGAAGUCCCUUUCUUGCCAGAAGGAGGGGGUCUACUCGAUUCAUCUGUUUCUUCAUCCAUCUUUUGUACAAAAAUUCCGCCGGGAAAAUUUUGUCGCCGCUACCCCCCCUUGUGUAGUUAGUUCUUCUCAGUUACCUCUCUGUUUUUAUUUCUAUUUCUUUUUUUUUAGAUUUUUUGCUUUCUUCAUGUAGAUGUACAGUACAGUACCCAUUUCUACGUUUGGAUUAUAAGCUUUCACAUCUCUUUCUCUCUCCUUUCUUCCAAUGAAUGAGGCGUAGCAUUUAUGAUGAA